AUGAAAGCUAUUCCAUAUGCUUCAGCUGUUGGAAGCUUUAUGUAUGCUCAGGUCUGCACUAAACUUGACAUUGCAUUUGUUGUUGGAAUGCUGGGGAGAUAUCAGAGUAAUCCAGGUGUUGACCACUGGAGAGCUACAAAUAAGGUGAUGAGAUAUCUUCAAGGGACAAAAGAUUAUAUACUCAUGUACAAACGGACUGAUAAUCUGGAAGUGAUCGGCUAUUCCGAUGCAGACUUUGCUGGCUGUGUUGAUUCACGAAAAUCAACAUAUGGUUAUAUUUUCAUGCUUGCUAGUGGAGCUGUGUCUUGGAGAAGCGUGAAGCAGACUUUGACUGCUACCUCCACUAUGAAGGCUAAGUUCGUAUCUUGUUUUGAGGCUACCUCGCAUGGUGUAUGGUUGAAGAGUUUCAUUUCUGGGCUUAGAGUUAUGGAUUCCAUUUCUAGGCCAUUGAGAUUGUACUGUGACAAUUCAGCUGCGGUAUUUAUGGUUAAGAACAAUAAGAAUGGUAGUCGAAGUAAACACAUCGACAUCAAAUACUUAGCCAUAAGAGAAUGUGUUAAAGAGAAUAAAGUGGUCAUAGAGAACAUUAGCACUGAAUUGAUGAUUGCUGAUCCUUUAACUAAAGGCAUGCCACCAAAGAAUUUUAAGGAUCAUGUAAUUCAUAUGGGACUUGGUUCUAUAAUGUGA